GUCCCUGGGUGGCACAAACAGUAUGCCCUCAGCUACUAACUGAAAGAAAGGUUGGCAGUUCAAACCCACCCAGUGGCACCAUGGAAGAAAGGCCUGGCCAUCUGCUUCUGUAAAGAUUGACAGCAGGUAAUAAAGUGACACUCUGUUGAAGCAAGAAGACGAGCCUGGAUGGUGGAGAAAGAAGCGGACAGAGUCUGUCCAGAGUGUGGGUUUCUUGGAUCCUGUAUCGACUGGCUUUUCUGUCUACUAAUUUUGGUGAAGCACAUUUUCCAGUAGUAUCCUGAGAAAAGUGCAGUUUGAGAAGAAGUCUGAGAAGAAGAUGAGCAGGUAGAGGUGACAAGACUUGGGAGGCAAGUUGCAUCCAUCUCCAGUAAAGUACAGACUGAGGAAAAAGGCAUGAAUACACGAAAAUUAGAAAAAUACUUCCUUUGAUCUCAUACUUUAUUUUUUUUAAGGUGACUCCUCUUUGAAUUCGUCUAGAAAGUUUGAAACACAAUUUAGACCUACCUUAAUCAUGAGGGGUACUGUGUAGCAGAGAAUCAGUUUAAUUAGUUUAGAAAUUUCUCUGCCACAGUUCACCCCUUAUAGUAAUAAACCCCUUUAACUUUAAAUCAGUGUGGAAAUGCCUUCAGUUAAAAAAAUUUGAACCCCAUCUGAUACCUGAGUACUAAUACUGGAGAACACCCUACGAAUUUACUGAAUGUGAGAAAACUUGGGCUCACGUGUCACAUCUCAUUAAAUGUACAAGCCAUGCUGGAGAGAAACCUUGUGGUUCUAAGAAAUAUUGAAGAACCUUUAGCUAGAUGACAGAUCUCACUGAACAGAAAGAAAUUCUUAAUUAGAAGAAAUCAGUAAGUGUAAGAAAAGUUCAUUGAGUAUUAGAUAAUUUAUACUGAAGAAAAACUUUUGUACUGAACAUGAUAAAGUUUUUACUCGAAUCUCUUCCUUUUUCAUUUGAAAGAUUAUACAGGAGAGAAGCUCUGUAAAUGUAAGAAAUGUGGAAGAACCUUCUGCUGAAAGUAAAUCCUUAUUCAUCAAAAAAUUCAUAUUGGAGAGAAACCUUGUGAAUGUGGGAAAGCUUCCAUUCAGAUGUCAAACCUUAGUCAGGAGAGAAUUUAUAGUGGGGGGAACCCCUUUGCCUGUAAAGUAUGUGGGAAAGUCUUCAGCCACAAAUCAAAUCUUACUGCACAUGAGCAUUUUCAUACUAGAGAGAAACCUUUUGAAUGUAAUGAAUGUGGGAAAACCUUCAGCCAAAAGCAGUAUGUCAUUAAACAUCAGAAUACUCAUACUGGAGAAAAGCUUUUUGAAUGUAAUGAAUGUGGGAAAUCCUUCAGCCAGAAGGAGAACCUCCUCACCCAUCAGAAAAUUCACACUGGAGAGAAACCUUUUGAGUGUAAAGAUUGUGGGAAAGCUUUCAUUCAGAAGUCUAACCUUAUCAGACACCAGAGAACUCACACAGGAGAGAAGCCUUUUGUGUGUAAGGAGUGUGGGAAGACCUUCAGUGGCAAAUCAAACCUUACAGAGCAUGAGAAAAUUCAUAUUGGAGAGAAACCCUUUAAAUGUAAUGAAUGUGGAACAGCUUUUGGUCAAAAGAAGUACCUCAUAAAGCAUCAAAACAUUCACACUGGAGAGAAACCCUAUGAAUGUAAUGAAUGUGGAAAAGCUUUCUCUCAACGCACAUCACUUAUUGUACAUGUGAGAAUUCAUUCAGGUGAUAAACCUUAUGAAUGCAAUGUAUGUGGAAAAGCCUUCUCUCAAAGCUCCUCUCUUACUGUGCAUGUGAGAAGCCAUACUGGUGAGAAACCCUAUGGUUGUAAUGAAUGUGGGAAAGCCUUCUCUCAGUUCUCAACACUUGCUCUACAUUUGAGAAUACACACAGGUAAGAAGCCUUAUCAAUGUAGUGAAUGUGGGAAAGCUUUCAGCCAGAAGUCACACCACAUUAGACACCAGAAAAUUCAUACUCAUUAAAAACCCUUGAGAAUGGGGAAAGCUUUUGUCAGGAAUUUACACCUCAUAGCACAUCAGAAAUAAUCAUUCUGAAGCAAACUACCACAAAUGAGGGAAACUUUAACAAAGCUAAAAACUUAUUGGACACCAGAAGUCAUACUGAAGAGAGCAACAUUUGUGUGUAAAAAGACUAUGUCCAACAGAAACCUACAGUAAAAAGCAGAGGUAAUACUGAAACUUGAGAAGCAUUUCCAUUAAAAUUGGGAAUAAGAAACAGAUGCCUGUUAUCAUCAUUGCUAUCAGCAUAGAUCUGGAGAUCCUCACCAACUAAUAAAGAAAAUAAGUUACACGUAUGGGAAAGGAAGAGCGAAAGUUCUGAGGUGACACCAUCUACGUGUAAUAUAAAGCUCUUGUAUUGAUGCAGCAGAACAGAGGAACACCCAGAAGCAGACCUGUGCAUUAAUUAUAAUUUGGAAAUGAUAGAAAUGGCAUCAGGAAGUGAGGUGAUGAGACUUUAAAACAUGGUUUCUCUAGGAGGAAAAAUAGAGCAUAAACAAAAGUUAAUUCCAAAGGGAUUAAAAACAGGAAUAUGGAAAAGCUAUAUAUAAAAAUCAUGACCUUGGGAGUAGGGAGGCAUUCUGUAUAACAAAUCCAAAAAAACCUAGCAAUUCUACUCUGAGUAUGUAUACUCAGGAAAUACAUACCAGGAUAUUUACUGUGGCAUGGUUUAUAGUAUCCCAAAAUUGAAAGCAACCUAAAUGCCCUUUAGGAAUGAAAUAGAAAAUGCUUACGGUGAAAUAAUGUAUCUGUAAAAUGCAACAAGAUUUAUGUGUAUUAACAGAAGAAGACCUCAAAAUUCAUGUUGAGGGAGAAAAUUAAAUUGCAGAGUGAUGCAUAUAGUGGAGUGACAUUUUUGUAAAUUUGAAAACUUUUCUCACAAAAUUCAGUGCUAUAUAUUGAUAAUGGAUAAAUAUAUGUAAAUAUUUAAAAAAUGGAAGGAUACCAACGAAACUCUUGAUAAUGGUUGCCUGUGAAGAGUGGUUAAAGAAAGGCAGUAAGUGUGGGAGGUGGAAUGGGGACUCGCUAAAGGGGGCUUCAGCUUUAUAUAUAAACACCCAUUUCUCUUAAAAAUGGAAAAAAGAUGAAAAUGAAGAAAGACUAACUAUAUAAAGAUAGUGGUUAUUUCUGGAUUGUGGUAUAUGGAUACCUUGUCUUAUUUUUUGUACUUUUCUGUAUUUUUAAAAUUUCACAAGAGAUGGGGUUGGAUGGGAAAGCUGUAUCUGUAGAAAUAAUGUUAUAAUGGAUUCAUUCUCAAUCAAAUACUAAACUUUUUAUAAAAGUAUUUCUAAAACUUUAUCAAUAAUGAGUGGAUGGACUUGUUCCUUAUGUAAUAUGAAAUUAUCUAUUUUAUUAAAAAUGAUAGCAUAAUACAAAUCUGUUUUAAUUUAUUGUAAUGUAACGGUAUACAGUUUAUGGUCUCUGUCUUCACAUUUCUAACACUGCAACAUAUGUGGAAUUACAAUUUUUAAGAACUUUUCAUUAAAUAAGGAUACAUGCACA